AUGGCAAGAACAUACACACUCUACAAUCUGCGCAUCAUUCUGGUUUUGACGUUGGGCAGUCUCACUUUUGGCUAUGGCUUUUCCGUUAUCUCCAACACCAUAGGCCAGCCAGGAUUUAUUGCUUACUUUAACCUGGCCAACCGUUCCGACUACACCAACGCCAUCACUGGUACUAUCAAUGGUUUGUUCUGUGCAGGAGCGCUCUUUGGUGCUCUUCACGUCGGGUGGAUGUGUGAGGCUCGUGGAAGAAAAGAGACCAUGUACCUGGCUUCUGCCGUCAACAUCCUGGGUGGUGCACUCGAAACGGGUUCCGUCAACAUGGCCAUGUUUCUGGUGUCUCGUUUCAUUGCAGGCUGGGGAAUAGGGAUGAUGGUUGUGUUGAUUCCAAUCUAUCAGGCAGAAAUCUCGCCUCCGAACGCACGCGGAUUCCUGGUCGGUCAACACGGUACCUGGAUUGUGCUAGGAUAUGCCAUCGCCGGAUGGGUUGGUGCCGGGACAUAUUAUUCGACAAACCUGUCGUUUCAGUGGCGUUUCCCAAUCGCACUGUCCAUCCUUCCACCAUUAGCACUAGCUUUAUGUUCACCUUGGAUACCCGAAUCGCCUCGCUGGUUGCUUACCAAAGAUCGAAGAGACGAAGCCUGGGCCAUCGUGAAGCGACUACAUGGAGGCGAUGGCGACGAUGCCAAGUUGCUCCAGUUUGCUCGCGAGGAAUUCUACCAAAUGACCGAACAAGUCCGGGUAGAUUCUGCUGUCUGGAACGAGACCGGUUGGAAGGGCAUGCUUACGAAGAAGUCCUAUCAGAAGAGAUUCUGGAUGGGAUUUUUCAUUCAAUAUGCAGCCCAAAGUACUGGUGCCCAGGUAAUUUACGUGUACAUCAUCACCCUCUAUCAGAAUCUUGGGCUCACUGGAGGAGUACCGUUGAUACUUGGGGCUGCGUACGUAACGGUAGCAUGGCUCUCAAAUUUUGCAGGUGCAUUGGUCCUCGAUAAAGUUGGGAGAAAACCACUUCUGAUUACCGGAUUAUCGGGGUGCAUGAUUUCACUCUGUCUAGAGACCGCCAUGAUUGCCCAAUUCGCAGGUACGACAAACAAUGCUGGACUCUCGAUGGGCGUUUUCUUCUCGUUCUGCUUCAUUGCAUUCUACGGGGGUGGGAUCGAUGUGGUCGGAUAUGUUUACUGCUCGGAGAUAUUCCCAACGCAUAUCCGAUCCCAAGGAGUAGCCUGGUCACUGGCAGGGACCUUCUUGAGCACUUUGGUGUAUGUCGAAGCGGCACCAACAGCAUUGGCCAAUAUUCAGUGGAAGUACUACAUCAUCUUUGUUUGUCUCACAGCCGUAAACGUGGUGGUGUUCUAUUUUUGGUGUCCCGAGACCAAAGGCCUCUCGCUGGAAGAAAUUAAUGCGUUAUUCGGUGACGAGGUAGUGGUGCACUUGUCCGAUGCAACCGAAAAGCAGCGCAGUGAAGUUGCAGCCAAGGUUUUGGCUGAAGACGAACGAAGAGAAUUUGCGACACAACAGCGUAGUGGCGAAAGCAUGAGUACAACAACGGCGGAGUUGAAAGCAUAA